AUGAUCUCACGUCUUAUCGCUUUUAUUUUAGUGCUAACUUUUGUGAUUGCUAGAUAUGAGGAUAGUAAGUCACUUGUCUAUUUACCUUUUUCGUUGAAUAAAAAAAUCGAUAGUGAUCAGAUCAAGAAAAUGACAUAUUUUUGAAGAAGAAGAAAAAAGUGCACUUGAUUUAUUAUGCAUGAGAAAAAAAUGAAUUUUAGAGUAUGACAGGUCAAAGAUGCCUUGGGAUUUAAGGCCAAUCGAUAGAUUCAUUGGGCUUUGGUCACUUCAGGGGUCAAAUGGAAGACAGCGAGAUUUACCGCCACCAACACAAAUCGAUUAUGCGAUCAAUCCGAUUCCAAAGUUCGGAGCAAGAGCCGUUAACGUUACGUGAGCAUAUAUUUUUUCCAAUAUUGAAAUUUAAGAAAAAAAUUGGAGUUUAGACAUACCUACUAUGAGAAUGGAAAUGUUGUUCGACAUGAUUAUGGAUUUAUGCCAGUCAAAAACGCAACUCGGCGCGAUCCACGUGUUCACGUUGCUUAUUUGACAACUUCGAGUCAAGGAUGGUCAAUGAUGGAACAAGGACAAGUGAAGGAUGGAAAAAUGACAUUCCAUCUCAAACAAUUCAUGAGAAGAAGUUUUGAUGUUGGAAAUCGUAAUGAUUUGGAGAUCAGAGAAUUCGAGAGACAAUUGGAGCUUCCUGAUUAUAACACAAUGAUUAUGAAAAUCCGCGCAGAAACUGCUUAUGAUACUGAAUCUUAUACAGCUACUUACAGAAGAAUUUAUUGA